AUGCCGCCCGCAUGGAUAAGGUGGGUGAACUUGUGGCCCUCCCAGAGCUUUUCUGAGGGUGUAGCAUCACGGGUUUUAUCGAACGAGCCUGAGUCAACCGCCGGAGAAGAUGGUGAUUCCGAAGAAGAUGGUGAUGCAACGCAGCGAGGAAUCUCCUGGACAGUCAUCAGCGAUGUUGGUUCGUUCUUGUUCAUGGGGAAUCUCGCGCUGUUUGCGGGGUUCCUUCUGACCAUAUUUUCCUUGCACAUAUUGGUGGCGUCAGCGAUUGAGGCGUACUGGCUGGCAAAGCAACGGGCGAGGAAUGAGGUUCCAAGAGCGUUGCGUGGGGACGUUUCUACCAGCGAGUUUCCCACUGCUUUGUUGGGCACUCGGCCCCAACAGAAGAACUUGGACGACGGCUGGUCAGCGGGGCGCCAGACAUCAGGUACCAUCCAGUCACCCCAACUAAUGGAGCACCAAGCUGUAUCUUCUUGGGACAGCACUGGCGGGGGGGAUUCAACGAACGAACAAAAAAGAGGGCGAACGAACACGCGUGCGGGCAGUUCGAUCGGCCAGGUGUCUCAGUGCCGAGAACUAUCGCAGUCGGCGUGGCUUCAUUACCCGCACCUAGAACUCGUCUUCCUUCUCUUCGCGUUCGAGGGCGCAGUGACCUCGCAGGUGUCAGCGUUGCGAACUACAAGUUCUUCAACAGUUUUCUACGCGGCCGUGGCAACUUUGGUUUUCUACCCAGUGCUGAUGGUUGCAAUGGUCGUGCGAACUCACAGGGUGAGGGUUCGAUCAGAUGCCCUCAUCGUGUUCACCUCCAAUGAAAGCGACGAAGGGUCGACCGGCACGUCGAGCAUAUAUUCCAAAACGAUUGCCGGGUUGAGAAAGGACUCCAGCUUAUUUGCAUGGGCGGAUAAGGGGCAGUGGGAGACAGUCCAGACGACGGACGAAGACGCAAGACGGAACGCUGAUUGGUUCCGGAUCGGGUUCGAACCGCUGUUUGCAGACUUCACCCAAGCUGGAUCGUGGUUCAUCGUCUACACUUUGAUUGAGUGGGCUGUCCUUGCCUGCAUUGCCGUGCUGGUGGACAACACUGCGGUGCAAUGCGGGUUGUUCUGCGCCAUACAUUCGAUGACCUUCAUCCUUCUUGUGGCUUGCAAGCCAUUCGCGAACAGAUCCUUGCCAGACAACGGGUGA